AAUUAAUCUACUUUAAAUAUGGGAAAUAAAUUGCUCAAAUCUUGUUGUACAGCGACUCAGAAUGGUGUCCAGAAGCAUGGUACCACCCUGACAACUGUCUCGUCUGAGCUUCAGAAGAUGAGAAGAGAUCUUACUGAUGAUUUCACUAAUAGCCUCCUGAAGAAUUGUGUUCCCAGAGAUUCUCAAGGGAAAAAUAGUAUUAACCUAAAAUCUACAAGGAAAUUGUCAGAUGAAUGUGGUGCGAUGUUAAACCUCCCUGAAGAUAAUAUCAGUCAGCACUACAAGCUCUUAGACCCCAUCGGCAGUGGGAAGUAUGGAAAGGUCUACCUCGGUCAGUCAAUCCAUGACAAACAGAAGCAGACUGCUAUAAAAGUUAUAAAAAUCAGAAAGAUCAAAUCAAAUUUUGAAUCUGUCAUGAAAGAAAUUCAAAUGAUGAAGUCUAUCGAUCACCCUGAUAUUGUCAAAGUUUUGGAAAUCUAUAGAGACUCGAAGAAGAUUUACCUUGUAAUGGAACUAGUCCAAGGAGAGGAGCUCUUCGAUUAUAUUCUUCGCAAGGAGAAACUCCGUGAAUGGGAGACACGGAAAAUUAUCCGCCAGUUAGUACAAAUCGUGAAGUACUUGAACUCUGUUAAAAUUGCUCACAGAGAUUUGAAGCCAGAAAAUAUUAUGAUCAAUUCGAAAAGUCUUAAAAUAAAGCUACUUGAUUUCGGUCUGUCUUCUUAUUUUGAAGAAUCAAAGAAAUUGGUGAGCCCGGUUGGAACUCCUUACUAUGUGGCCCCAGAAGUCCUUCGAGGCAGCUAUGGAAAGGAAUGAGAUAUGUGGAGCAUUGGGAUUAUUACAUUCAUAUGUCUCACAGGAGCUCCUCCCUUCCAAGGUGAUAGUUUAGUGGAUAUUUACCAAGAUAUAUUGAAAUUUAAUCUAGUUUUUAAUGACACCGAAUGGUCCCAAGUGUCAGGAUGAGCUAUUAGCUUCGUCAGGAAACUUCUCGAGCCUAAAAUAUGCAAUAGAUUAUGCCCAGAGAGAGCUCUUCGUCAUUCAUGGCUCUGAGAGGAAGAAUCUACAUUCUCUGAAUCUAGAAAAUCCAGGAAUCCAGACCCUUUUGAGAAAGUAGACUACGACCAAUACAAGUUUCAGACCUUUGAAGUGCUAAGAAAGUUGGUCCAGAGGAAUAUUCUAAAGGAGUGCUCAAAAUGAGCGAAUAUUUUGGUAGAUCCUAGCACAAUGGAAUCUCUCAGCUCUUCUAGGCGGCGGCCUUCUCCUAACUGAAUCUGAUGCCGACUGUUGGAUAAAAUAAGCCCAAUGAUUGAAUUAUUUGUUGACGCAAAUAUCGAAUUUAACGAAUUCCUAAGCCAAGUUACUAAAGAUUUCGACGAUAUCCAACCUGACGUAAUCGGUGCUAUUCUCUUUGAAAUUGAAGGAGACAAGGAAAAUUAUUGAAGUAGUAUGAACAUUAGCUCAUCUAAUUCAAAAGAUCAUAUAUCGUUUGAGAUGAGGAGUGUUAAUAAUUAUGACGAAGAAAUAUCUGCCCAAGAUUGCCACAAAAAUGUUACUCUCAAAUCUAAUAUCCAGAAUGAUAAAUCAGCCUUAACUUUAGGAACCGCUGUUCCUAGCGGAAAGGGUACGACCAAGAGCUCUGCUAAGGAUAAAAGAGCAUUGGUCUUUGCCACAUUUUCUCAGUCUAAGGGGAAGGAACUCUGUGGGCUUGUCAAGCAAGCAACUCUCAGUCAUAUCAGUUGAGAAAAGACAAUUUCUUGUAUGGAAGGGAAGGACAGCUUUAUUAAUUCCUAUUAACUCUAAUUCCGAUAAAUUUAUUUAAUA